GCUUAAAGAACCGAUCAAACACAUCCCUUCCCUUCCUAGAUCCAAACCAACAAAUAAACAAUAAUAAUGUUCGCAGCCGAAAACAAAACUUAAAUUCUUUUACACACAGAGUUGUGUUAAGACAGAACCAAACUAACUACGAUCUGUACCAUUUUUUUGUCCUUUUCUCCAAAAUAAACAAAAAAUUCCUUUCCGACACUCCAUUUGAUCGGAGCUCGACAUUGCCUUGUGUCGCCGCGAGAAAGAAAGAGCGUCAUGGAGCCUGACGAUCAGACAGUAGAAGAAGGAUCACGGUCGGAUCCAGAAACUGAAACCGGUAUCGAAGCUUCGAUGUCACGGUUAGGGUUGCGAGGCGGAUCGUACCCGGAGAGACCAGAUGAGCCAGAUUGUGUUUAUUAUUUACGAACCGGUGUUUGCGGGUACGGGUCUAGAUGUCAGUUCAAUCACCCACCAAACCGUCCACCCGUCUUGGGAGAUCUCAGAACAGAAGCUGGAGAGGUUUCAGAUAGAAUGGGUCAACCCGUGUGUCAGCAUUUUAUGAGAACAGGAGAAUGUAAGUUUGGUGCUUCUUGCAAGUAUCACCAUCCUGGACAAGGAGGAGGAGGAGAUUCUGUUACUAGUCCUGUCUCAUUUAAUCACAUGGGCUUCCCAUUACGUCCGUGUGAGAAAGAAUGUUCCUAUUACAUGAGAACCGGUCAGUGUAAAUUCGGUUCCACUUGUAAAUUUCACCAUCCUGCUCCUCCUGGUGCCCAACCUCCAUCGCUUCCUUCAUCACAACAAUUCGGAGUAGUUCUACCAAGACCUCAGCUUCUACCACCAGGCUCUUAUGUUCAAAGCCCUUACAAUACUUACAGCCAAAUGGUUCUUCCUCCUCCUGGUAUGGUUGGUUGGAACUCUUACCAGGCUUCUGCAAGUGGACUAUCUUCUCCUGGGAGUCAACAAAACUCUGUUUAUGGAACUACACCGUUAUCUCCCUCAGCUCCUGCUUAUCAAUCUGGUUCACCUUCAAACAAGGAACAAUCGUUUCCUCAGCGACCUGGACAACCUGAGUGUACCUACUUCUUGAAAACUGGAGAUUGUAAGUUUGGAACCUCUUGUAGAUACCAUCAUCCUCUGGGAGAAUCAUCUCCCAAGGGAGUUUCUCUCAGCCAUAUUGGCCUCCCACUUCGUCCUGGGACGGCACAAUGUAGCCACUUUGCGCAACAUGGGAUUUGCAAGCUUGGCUCUUCAUGCAAAUUUGACCACUCCAUGACCUCUUCUUUGAAUGAGCAACGCACAACAAGUGGUGGCUCAGAAACUGUUACUGCUGCUGGAGUCUCUUCGUCUUCUUCUUCUGUGACCGUCGGUGUGAGCCAUUCCGAGCCUACUGAGACCAAAAAUGGUGACUCAGCUAGCCUUGAGGUUAAGACUUCAAGCUAAAGAGAUAAACCUCAAAAGGGGAGAAGAGAACCUCACUCUACUCUUCUUAGAAUUUGCUUGCCUAUCUAUCUCUCUUCUUCUUUUUCAUCAAACUUUCUUAGAGAUUUUUUUUUUGGGGUGGAGACAACAACAAGAAGCAAAAGCAGAGGGAGAAACGAAAGCAGCUCUAAAUAUUUUUUGUGUGUGUUAAUGAACCUCUUACCAAGUUCAUACGAUUUCUUCUUACUGCCAUCUCUGUUUAUCUCUUUUUUAUUUUUUUUCUACUUUUCAAAACGAUUAUUGUUAAUAAAUGGCAUUAUUCAAUAUCCCUUGUUUUUAUGGAAUAUGGGAAUAAAG